AACUAUCUUGACUUGCAGCUGACACCAUUAGUUACGCUAAAAUGUACUUCUAAUGUUAUUACCAAGGUGCUGUCUUCUGUAUCUUUCUUUGUAGCACGUACAAUAGAGUAUAACUCAUUCUAUGUUAACAUUGAAGUUAUGAAAAAGUUACUGAUGGAGCUUCAACAUAUACUUAACAACUUAAAGGAUAAAAAUGAAAUUGCUAUUGUAAAAAAAUAUAGUUGUAUUGCGAAACGUUACACAAUUACGCUUACAGUACUUGCAGUUUGUGGAUCAUUUACUUGUAUUAUAAUUCAAUUUUGGUCGAAACUAAUGAGUGCUAUUGUACCCAUCAACAUAUCUCAACCGUACCUUUUUCCUAUUAUGAUAGAAUACUUUGUCGACCAAGAAAAAUAUUUCUACUUGAUUAUAUUGCACAUAUACGCAACACUUUUUAUAGGUGGGAUUAUAACACUAGGAACAGGUACAAUAUUAAUUACUUACAUACAACAAACUUGUGGAAUGUUUAGAAUUGCUAGCUACCGUAUUGAGCAUGCAAUGAGUUUCAACAUUUUACAAAACAUUACACUAAAAAAUGAGAUCUUGAUGACCAACGGUAUAAUUUAUGCGGUAAACGUGCAUCGACAAGCUAUGAAAUUGUCCAAGAAUUUGAUAUCAGUAUUGAAUAUGAUGAUGUGUUGGAUAAUAGUGAAUAACAUUAUUUGCAUAAGCAUCAAUUUGUUUUGUAUUGCAUCAUCUGGGUAUAAUGUUAUGGAAUUGUUUUUUCCGUUUAUCUUUCUACUUGUUCAUGUGAUGUAUAUGUUUAUAUCCAACUAUAUUGGACAGAAUAUAAUAGAUCAUAAUAAUUACAUAUUUUCUACUGUGUAAGAUAAAUGAGAAUAUAUAUAUAUAUAUAUGUAUAAGAGUUCAUUUUUUAAGAGUUAUUAAAUUAAAUACAAAUUAGUAUCACUAUACAAUAAAUCACUGCACGCUAAAGUACGCUUGUAGUAACUAAUAUAAAUGUUUAUCUUAAUUUGCGAUUCAGUAUCAGUAUAUGUAUAUGUUAUGUAAUACCUGCCUCACCUCAAUUUUCGCAAAAGUU